GCGCCUUCUCUGGAGCGGAUUGGAACCUGGAGUCAGGAUUCAAUAAAUGAGUAGUCUUCACAAUAAAGGAUUGCCAUGAUGACUGACCAGGCACCGGAUGAGUUCAUCUGGUGUGAGGACUGUAGUCAGUACCAUGACUCUGAGUGUCCAGAGCUGGGCCCGUUGGUGACCGUGGAGGACUCAUUUGUCCUCAGUCGGGCCAGGUCUUCAUUGCCAAGCAGUCUGGAGAUCAGAGAGGUGUCCGUCGGCGUGGAGGGGGUGUUCGUACUGCGACAGCUGGUCAAGAGGACACGAUUUGGGCCGUUUGAGGCCAAGAGGGUGCCCCACUUGGAGAGAGAUGGGCCCUUUCCUCUGAAGAUCUUCCAGAGGGACGGGGCGGUGGUGUGUCUGGACUCGUCCAGCGAGGAGGACUGUAACUGGAUGAUGCUGGUGAGGCCGGCCGGUGACCAUGCCCACCAGAACCUGAGCGCCUACCAGCAGGACGAUGACGUGUACUUCAACACCUCCCAGGACGUGCUGCCGGGGACCGAGCUCCGGGUGUGGUACGGGGCCUUCUACGCCAAGAAGCUGGACAAGCCGACGCUCCGGCCCCCCAUGCUGCCGACACCAUCAGAUGUGAUCCCCUCAGCCAAGGCAGAAACACUAAUGGAUGCCGUAUCCCCCACGAUGGCCAGCGGUGAUGAAAACAUUAGCGCAGGCCAGCUGCUGAGUCCAUUCCACGACGGGAAGGCGGUGGACCAGCUCCUGCCCCGCGAGGACGCCCUCAUGGCGCUCAGCAGCACCGUGGAGGAAGAGGAGGAGGAGGAGGCGGCCCUGACCACCGCCACCACCACGGUGACCACGGCCACCCGCGUCCGCGUGGCCCCCAAGAGAGCCGGGGCCCGCGGGAGGAGGGGGAGGGGCCGCAGGGCCGGCGCCGUGUCCUCCUCUUCCUCCUCCUCCACCUCCUCCUCCUCCUCGUCCGCCGGCGCCCACAGCGGUAACCGAUACCACGUGAAGCCCCUGAUGGAGGCCGCGGCCCCCGAGGGCGUGGAGGCGGACCCGGAGAGCGGGGGCAGCCUGCCCACGGGCACGGGCGCGGGCAGCGCCCCCCUCCUCAAGAGACACAAGAGCCGGGAGCACAAGCGCGUGUACCGCUGCAGCCUCUGCAGCAAGGUGUUCCAGAACAGCAGCAACCUCAACAGACACAUCCGCUCCCACGGUGAUAAACUCUACAAGUGUGACGAGUGCGACAAGCUGUUCAGCCGCAAGGAGAGCCUGAAGCAGCACAUCUCCUACAAGCACAGCAAGAACAUGCCGGACGUAGACUACAAGUACAUCUGCAACAUGUGUGACAAGUCCUUCCGCCUGGAGAACGCCUUGAAGUUUCACAACUGCAGAACAGACGACAAAACGUUCCAGUGCGACAUCUGCUCGCGCUUCUUCUCCACCAACAGCAACCUGUCCAAGCACAAGAAGAAGCACGGCGAGAAGCUGUACUCCUGCCAGAUCUGCAACAAGAUGUUCUACCGCAAGGACGUCAUGCAGGAGCACCACCGGCGCCAUGGCAUGGGCCCCAAGCACAUGAAGAGAGAGGAGCUGGAGGUGAGCGGCGAGGAGGCCACCAAGUACAGGAAGGAGCCCUCGCCCUGUCCCGUCUGCGGCAAGGUGUUCUCCUGCCGCAGCAACAUGAACAAGCAUCUGUUGACCCACGGAGAUAAGAAGUACACCUGCGAGAUCUGCGGUCGCAAGUUCUUCCGCGUGGACGUCCUCAGAGACCACAUCCACGUUCACUUCAAGGACAUAGCAUUGAUGGACGAGCAGGAGAGACAGGGCUUCAUCAAGAAGAUUGGAAUCUCCGCUGACGACAGCGACGACUCGGACGAAGACGAAGACGACGAUGAGCCAGAGCACCACAAAUACAACUGCAAGAAGUGUCAACUGUCCUUCGCCAAGGGCCGGGACUACCUGAAGCACAUCAUGGAGCAGCAUAAGGAGCGCGGCUACGGCUGCGCCAUCUGCAACCGGCGCUUCGCCCUGAAGGCCACGUACAACGCCCACCUGGUCAUCCACCGCGAGCAGCUCCCCGACCCCGCCGUCCAGAAGUACAUUCACCCGUGUGAGAUUUGUGGCCGGAUAUUUAACAGCAUCGGAAACCUGGAGAGGCAUAAGAUCAUCCACACAGGGGUGAAGAGUCACGCCUGCAACCAGUGCAGCAAGUCGUUCGCCAGGAAGGACAUGCUGAAGGAACACCUCAGGGUCCACGAUGACAUCCGGGACUUCCUGUGUGCCGAGUGCGGAAAAGGCAUGAAGACGAAGCAUGCGCUGCGUCACCACAUGAAGCUCCACAAGGGCAUCAAGGAGUACGAGUGCAAGGAGUGCAACCGCAAGUUCGCCCAGAAGGUGAACAUGCUGAAGCACUACAAGAGACACACGGGUAUAAAGGACUUUAUGUGUGAGCUCUGUGGGAAGACGUUCAGCGAGAGGACCACCCUGGAGACGCACAAACUCAUCCACACAGUGGGCAAGACGUGGACCUGCGGCACGUGCGACAAGAAGUACCUGACGGAGUACAUGCUGCAGAAGCACGUGCACCUGACCCACGAGAGGGUGGAGGCCCAGUCCUGCCACCUGUGUGGCACCAAGGUGUCCACGCGCGCCUCCAUGAACCGCCACAUACGCCGCAAACACCCAGAGGUGGUUUUCGUAAGAAUUGACGAGUUUGACGAUCUUCAGGAACCUCCGACGAUUGACGAGUCUGCGAUCAGUAUUGUGCAGCCCACCCUGAGCCUGGACAAGGACGGCAUGCCCCAGGAGCGGCCGGGCGGAACGUCCCGCCAUGCCCGCAAGAAACAGAAGCGUGCCGCCGCCGAGCCGGAGCUCUCCUCGUCGGACGAGUAUGGCGACUUCCCCGAACAGCGGCAGCACGACGGGCCCAUCGCCGAGUUCACCUCCGCCCUGGGGGGAGACGAGCGGGAGACCAGCUCGGCGGUACAGAGCAUCCAGCAGGUGGUGGUCCUGGCCGACCCCAACGCCCCCGCCGUCUCCUCCUCCUCGCCGAGCAACUCCGUGGCGCUGACCAACAUCACGGUGACGCCCCUCAGCACCCACGCAGCCGGCGCCCAGUUCACCAGCCUGCAGCCCGUGGCCGUGGGCCACCUGACCUCGGCCGGCGGGGACCGGCCCCUCACCCUGGACAACUCCAUCCUCACCGUCACCUUCGACGCCGUCAGCGGCUCGGCGGUGCUCCACAACCGGCCCGGGGAGCUGGGCUCGGAGGUGGCGGUGGUGGGGGGCGGGGCCGGCGGAGGGAUCGGGGCGGGAGCCACGGGCGGCGCCGGCGCCGUCGCCCCACAGCCGGUGACGCACUUCAUCAACCUCACCACCUUCGUCAAUCCCAUGGGCCACCCGAUGGAGAACCCCAGCCUGGCGUGGAGGCCCAUGCCGGCGGUAGAGGCCACGGGGGGGAGUCAGGGGGACCCAGGGGGGGAGGCGGGGCACGGGGAGAGCCAAGAGGCAGCCGGGGGCCAAGACACGGAACAGGGCCAGGGCGGGGGAGUGGGCCAACCUUCGGACCAGCAGCAGAGCGGGUCGGGACAGCAGAUGUACAGCUACUGA